GCCUAUAUAGUACAUGAAUGACUUGGAAAAAUAUAAGAAGUGGCAGAACAUUCUUUCCCUACUUCCUUCACGUUCGUCUAACCUCCUCGCACCGCGCGUCCCCACCAAUCCUUCGCGUUCUUUUCAUCAUGAACUUCUAUCAGCCGUUGAGGCCCCCUCACCCGUUGAACUUGCCGCUCUUCAACACGUCCGUUCCAAAACGUGUUCCUCUUUGGCGCCCCCAGGCAAUGAAGACCCCCAAGGUCACGAAACUCACGAACGACCCCCUAAAACGCAUGGCGCCGCAGCUCAGAAAGGACCGAGUGGAGACCAUUGCGUCGGCUUUUCGACGCCAUAGGCUUGCCGGCGCUGCUCGCACGUCCAAACUUCCCGGCUGUAAUCCGCCCCUCCCUGAUGAGGAGGGCAAUAUCCCGAAUACCCAGAAAGAUAACGUGGACGAGCUGGUUACAUCUCUGGAUUCCACCCACCUUUUCAUUCUCACGGCACACAGGUGUCAGCUGGCUUUCGAACAUAACCUCACGUCAGAGGUGAUGCUACAGCGCAUGCGGAAGAUUGAGGACCACGACGCGGCUGCCUCCCAAGCUAGGAUGAAGCGUCGUCUGGCACGAGAAAAGGCUGAGAGGGAGGAGCAGAGGAAGAAGGCAGAACAAAAGAAGAGACUGGAGGAGGAGGCGAAAGAAGCGAAGCGAAAACAGGAGGAACGGGAGCGUAGACGGAGGCAGGAGGAGCAAGAGCGUAGACGUAAGUUGAAGGAGACGCAGCAGGGCACUUCCCGUUCGCCGCCAUCUAAGCCAACUUGCGAAGAGUCAUCUUCAGUCGCGUUCUACCGCUUGUAUGAAUUCAAGUGGACGAUUUUAAAGUCAGGCGACAUAACGUCCAGUGGUCCUCCGACAUUUGAAACCUUUCCUUGGCCAUGUUUCGAAACCAUCUCCAGGGAGGAGGACCUUACGUCUGAAAAAAUCCGCACAUUUCUCUUGGAUCCUGCUAGGCCCAACGCAAAGGACAAGACCAAGAAGGAUAUCAUCAAGGAAGAGCUGUUGAGGUGGCACCCAGACAAGUUUGUAAAGGUACUUCCGUUGAUGAAGGAGGAUGACAGGGAAAAAGUUGGCGCUGCAGCGAAGAUUGUCGGGAGGUUGAUAACGGACUUGUUGCCCGAGUUCGCUCGUGGAUAGAUCUAGAGCACCAGUGUAUUUCUUGUUUCCACACUUUGUACCAAGUACUUAGACUGUUGCAUUCCUGAGUAGAGUAUGUUUCAAUAAAGUUCGGUUUCCAACAGUGGGAGUGUGGUUCUUAUCUGUGGCUUUCACAAAGACAACUUACCAGUGGUGCCA